AUGGCUCGUACUCUCGUUCUUCUCGUCGUACUCGUUCUCAUUCUUGGAACUACACUUGAUGUAGCUUCGGCUGGUACCUGCGGAUGUCCAUGGAAUUCGGCGCGUUGUGAAGCCAAUUGCAUCGGCAAGAAUAUAGGAGCUGUAACUGGUUCAUGUCGAGGAAUUGCUUACGCAUACUGCAAAUGCAAAGUGAAUGGAAGCUGGCAAUCUAUUGCUGGCAGCUGCGAUAACUAA